UAUUUCACUUUUCCCCUGCGUGCAGGUUGUUUGUCAAGCUCCCUCAGAGCACUGUUUGUUUAACUUCAUGGCACUCCAAAGAGUAAAUAUCUGAAGUUAUGGAUUAACUAAGUUCCAGGAGAGCUCAUCGCAGAAGAAUAGAUCACCCUGAUUCCCACUGAACAAAGCAGUGACUCCUGCUGCAGGAUGUGGAAGCACCUCGCCCUCGGGCUGCUGCUGGCUGCCUGCUCUGCUUGGGUCUGCGGCACCUCAAUAUUUUACAGCACUGAAGAUGCAAACCAGGUCCUGAGGAUCCAGAAGCGGGCGAACUCUUUCCUGGAGGAGCUCAAGCCAGGCUCUGUGGAGCGGGAGUGCAUUGAAGAGCGCUGUGACUUCGAGGAGGCCAGUGAGAUAUUUGAAACCAAGGAAUCAACACUCAAUUUUUGGAGCAAGUAUGUAGAUGGAGAUCAGUGUGCGCCACAGCCUUGUUCCAAUGGCAUCUGCAAGGACAAUAUUGGAAAAUUUUCCUGCAUCUGUAACAAAGGCUGGGAGGGGGUUUUCUGCAAUUAUGAGGUCAAGUACACCAACUGCUCCGUGGAUAACGGGGGAUGUGACCAUUUCUGUAGGGAUGACCCUGCCAUCCAGGGCCGCUCGUGCAGCUGUGCCUCGGGGUAUCAGCUCAUGAACGACCACAUCACGUGCAAGCCUGUAGUGGAGUUCCCCUGUGGGAGAGUGAAGGUGGACGACACUGAAGCCAAAGCAAACUUCAAUAUUCGGCUCAUUGAGGGAACAGCUGCAAGAAGGGGAGACAGCCCUUGGCAGGUUAUGCUGCAAAGUGCAAGUGGGAAGUUUCUGUGUGGGGGUGUUCUCAUCCAUCCAGCUUGGGUCCUAACAGCAGCACACUGCCUUGACACACCAAAGGAGCUCAAAGUAAGACUUGGUAAAUUCCUUUUCCGUCGCCGUGAUGUCGAUGAGCAAAUCAUUCGGGUCGAUAAACGGGUGAUCCACGAAAAUUACACCAAGGAGACGCUGGAUAACGACAUCGCCAUGCUGCACCUGGCCGAGCACGCCAUGUUCUACAAAUAUGCCCUCCCCAUCUGCCUCCCCACCCGCAACCUGGCCGAGCAGGAGCUCACGAGGAGCGGGCAGCAGAUGGUGGUGACGGGCUGGGGCAGCACGAGCGAGGCGAGCGACGCGAACGUCAGCCACCCCACCUCCCUGCACUACAUCGAGAUCCCCAUCGUGCCCCGCAACGAGUGUGCCCACGCCAUGACCUCUCAUGUCUCCGACAACAUGCUGUGUGCAGGGAGCUUGGGAGACAGGAAGGAUGCCUGCCGGGGGGACAGCGGGGGCCCCAUGUCCACCAAAUAUAAGGAUACCUGGUUUUUGGUAGGACUGGUGAGCUGGGGCCAAGGCUGUGGGAAUAGGGAGAAAUAUGGAGUCUACACCAAAGUUAGUCAGUACCUGGAGUGGAUCCAGCACCACAUAGAUGUGUCAGCUCCUUUGAAGGGUUGAUUCUGACCCCAAGAGUCUGGAAUGUUGUGCUGGUGACAGUAUGCAGUGUAAUGUCAGACCUUCAGUAUUAAAUAUUGAGUAUAUGUUAACCUCG